AUUGACGUGCUUACGCCAACGUGCGCUGCAACGCCUGCCUCCCGCCUUGUAGUGUGCUCCGUGUCCGCAAAAUUAGGAAAAUUGAACUAUAAAUUAUUCACGAAGAAAUCAACACUUGCGCGCGUCAAUAAUGGCUAAAUAAUUAAUUGCGGGCUUUUGCGGAGCGGAAUGCGGCGUCUACGUCAGAACCGUUGUAACCACAAACAUAGUCAAAGUUCAUAGCAGCAGCUUCUAAAGUUAUCCAAAACGUGUUCACACCGCCCCCCAGCCACCCAACCACCCUAUUCGCUUCCACAAAAAUAAAAAAUAUAUUUAUAUAUAUACAUAUAAUAUAUCACAACGAAGUUUUUUGCUGCCGCAUGCAAUUAAGUUUUUUUCUUGCUUCUUGGCCAUUUUGUUGCCUUGCUAAAUUGCACCGUACAACAGAGUUAACAAUUGCGAAUGUCAGAAUUGCUGUUGCCGCCAAUUUAAGUGUCUCCCGCCCCCAGUCUCCCCCAACUAGUGUGCGCUUAUCCUUAAGGAGAUGGACACUGCUGCCGCCGCUGCCGCUGCCGUUGUCGUUGAUCUGAGCGCCGAGGCCGCCAAAUCGACGGCCAGCAAGCUAAUCAGCAAGUCCAAGCUAAAGCCGCUGCCACAGCCGUUAACGUACGCCGCAGCCGCUGUUGUUGCUGCAACUGCAACAAGCGCUGACAUUGCCAACUGUCUGGGCAGCAACGUGGAGUCCAUGCUGGCAACGCCGCCACCAACGCCGGCGCGCACAUUGCACGGCGUGCACGGCAACUGCAAUGAGACGGUGGACGGCAUCAAUAUCAACAUCACCAGCUCCAACUCCAGCGACUCACAUGCGAUGAACCUGCUCAAGGAUGCUGCUGGUGGGGAUUCCGGGCAUUCAGAGUGUAUAUUAGCACCAGCAUUAGAGCCAUUGAUUUCCACAACAACAUUAACGUCUUCCACGAACGCUUCCACAACGCCAACGUCUGCCUUGCUUACAGCACCAUUAACAGCAACAACAACCGCAACAACAACGACAUCAACUGCAACAACAACAACAAUAAAUGCACUAACAACAGCAACGGGAAUUGCAGCUGGAACUGCUGCAUCAGCAGCAACAACAACAACCACGACUGGCACGAAUGGCUCGAGCGGCACAACAGGAAGGAGCACAGUGACCGAAUUGGAUGAGCUUCUCCACUGGCAGGAUAUGCCAAAAUAUUUACAAUUUAAUCCAUAUGUCCUCAAGGGUUACCGUCCGCUGCAGACAUUCAAGGGCUGCCUGCUCAGUCUCUUCUAUUGGCACAACGAGACCAUCAACAUACUGACGCACGCCAUACCCAUAUUUUAUAUACUGGCCAUUGUACCGGGUCUAAUGCCAUGGGACAGUGGCUAUAAGUUCCUUUCGUUUUGUCACGUAUUCGGCUCGGUGGCGCCUUGGUGCGGCAGUUUCGUCUAUCAUCUCUUUAUGAACAUUGAGAAGGGUGAGAAUGUUUACUACAAGCUACUCAAAUUGGACAUGGUUGGCAUCUGGGUGAGCCAGAGCUUCGGUGCCUUGCCUUUGGUCACGGCGACAACGCUGUGCUUUCCUCCAAUUCUCAAGUGGUUCAUCAUUAUCUCAUACUGUCUGCUCUCGCUCUGGGGGCUCUAUAAGGCCUUGACCGCUAGCUCUCCGUGGCAGAGACGCCUUUGCUUUGCGCUACCCUUCGCUAUGCGCUCGGUGUUGACCUUUCUGCGCAUACGGGGAAUGGUUGGCGGCAGUCACAUGGCCCUUUCCCAUGUCUAUCUGCAGGUUGAAGUUGAUGGUGUUUCUAUAUUAGGCGGUGCUAUCGGCGCUAUGCGCAUUCCUGAAAAGUGGUUCCCAGGACUUGUUGACUUCUAUCUCAACUCGCACAACAUUAUGCAUGUACUGGUCGUUGUGGCUGUCUACUCGAUGCAUAAGGCCACAAUCAAGGACUUUGAGUGGAUGUCCACUCAGACAUGUAACUCGAUGGUAAAUGUCACCGAACAUUCGCUUGGCCACUUGGACCUAUGACCCGCUUGCUGGCUACUUCUAUUUCUGCUCCUCUCACUGCUGUUCCUGCUACGGCCUCAACCAGAGCGUGCCCCAAUCAAGUGGAAAAGCAAGGGGCAUGCGCAUGCUGACUAGACAAAAAUGAAAACGUUAACAAAAAUGAAAAAAAAAUAACAGAAAAAUAAUACAAAUAACAGAUAGAAAGCAAUGCAAACAAAAUGCUUCAAUUGCUACUCGAAUAUACCGUGUAUAAAAUGAGCGCGUGCUGUAACAGUAACAAUAAGAAUAUAAGUAUUUAGUGAAUAGUGAAACAUAUGUACAUAUAUAUAUGUAUAAUUAGUACAUACUUCGACUGUGGUAUUUAGUAUUAAGGUAAUAUGAUGAUACAUACUAAUGUAUUAUUAUGGACGCGCUUUCAAUUACAACUUCUAUGCGCGAUUUUCAUGCAGAAUCUCUGAGUACUAUAUGAGCGAUAAUUUCAAUGAUGUUGAUACAUAUGUACCUCAUUAUGCUUACAACAACAACAACAACAACAAAAACACAACAAAAUAAAAAUCUAAUUUUCAAAUAUAACUUUGUACCUCGUCGACUAUAAAACGAAAACGAAAUUUAAGCAAUAAGAGAAUAACAAAAACGUACAGUUAAUCUACAAAUUCUUCCUAGUUGAAUUAUUAAGAUAUGAAAUUUGUUUAUUUGAAAUGCUUAGUAUUAGAUUGAAUUGUGAAAAACAAAACUGAGCCACUAAUGCGUGUUUUGUGCCAUUAGUUAGAUGUAACAAUUGGACAAGUGUGAACAAAAAUCUUCAAGCUAAAACGCUGCUGAAUCGAAUUAAUAUAACUUCCUAACGCCUAAGUUUAACCAACUUAUCUAGCAAAUGAUUAAACUCUCCUCAAAUUUUAUUUGAUCAAAUUUCCCUAGGUUUUUAAGAGACAGAUCUAGAAUAUAAAAAUUAUAAUACGGCAAAGUAUUUUUAUCCAAAAGAUGGAACAAUUAUGAAUAACUAGCUUUUAGUAGUUUCAAUAAUUUACACCACGCCCUUUAAAGAGAAAAGCAUAAAUAACAAAUGAAACCAAAUCAAACAAAUUUAGAUGAACAAAAGCAAUAAAAACAUAUUAUAUUAAUGCUUGUAACAAGUUGUAACUAUACUGUAAGGAGCAAUUAUAGCAAUAAUAUUAUACAUACAAUAUAUAUGAUUUUCCGAGAAAGUUAAUAAACAUUACACGCGUAUAAAAUGAGAAUUGAAUUAAUUACAAUUUAUAUAUAAA